CUCUGCAGCCGACGCGUCGGGAGGUGGGGCUCAUGGCCGCUUUGGGUCGGCGCCUCCCUCGCCCGGCCUUGGCGUUGCUGGUGCUGCUGCUGGCGGCCUGUGGCUUCCUGGUGCUACCGUCGCUGCUCGGCGCGGCCGGUGGAGGCCAGCGGCUGGACUUGCGGGAGCUCUUGGCGCUGUCAGUGGCUGCGGCCGAGGCCGGGGGCCGCAGGGUUCGGGCUGUCCAUGAAGCCGGGCCGGAUCUGCAGCAGAGAAGCAAGGGCCAAACCCAGGAGGGCGCAGAGGAGCUGCUCACCGCGGGGGAUCUGCAGUCCCACCGCUGCAUGGCCAGCCUGUGGGCCAGCACCUUUCCCGGCAUUCGGGUAAUUUCUGAGGAGCAUGAUGAAGCUGCCUUGGACCUUUCAGAACCUUGGGACGGAAAGAUCCCCCUGGAAAUCCAGGAAAUGGUCCCAAGUGGCCAGACAGUGUCUAUGGAAAGUGUGACGGUCUGGAUUGAUCCUUUGGAUGCUACACAGGAAUACACAGAGGGUCUCUUGUCCUAUGUGACCACAAUGGUGUGUGUGGCAGUGGAUGGGAAGCCAGUCAUUGGAGUAAUCCACAAGCCCUUUACAGGGUUCACAGCUUGGGCACUGGUUGGACAUGGGGCCAAUGUGAGUGCCCGGGAGUCAUAUGAUGAAAGGAGUCCCCGACUCAUUGUUUCUCGAUCCCAUGCUGGGACUGUGCGCACCUUUAGUCAGAAAGCUUUUGGGAUCAACGUGAACAUCAUCCCUGCUGGGGGAGCAGGGUAUAAGGUACUAUCCCUCUUGAACCUCAACAAGGCUGAACAGCCAGAUCAAGCAGAUGCCUACCUCCACAUCACCUUCAUCAAGAAGUGGGACAUCUGUGCAGGGAAUGCAGUGCUCUCAGCCCUAGGAGGCCACAUGACUACCUUAGAUGGGAAGGACAUUGAUUACCUGGAUUCCCCAGGGAACAAGGAAGGGCUGAUUGCCAGUGUAGGUCUGGACCACCAGGAGCUGGUGAAGAAAGUCAAUGGGUUGGAGGAGCAGGGCCUUAUCUGAAGAGACUGACGUUUCCUGCCCACAUGAGGAGAUACUGUGAUGCCCUUUAAGAAAGGAGGAACCUUGGGGAUGCAUCAAUGGGAACUCAGGGCUAAUGGAGGCUGCUUGGGGCGAUCGCUUUGGCCGAGUCAGAAAAACACUCGUGUGGCUGCUGUUACCUUUAAAAAUAAGUUGUUUUUUUUAA